AUGAGAUUAUGGAGGAUCCUCGCAAGUGCCUUCAGAAGGGUGUCGCUUUCUGGAUCAUAUAAUGUUCUUCCAGAAGGAGGAACCUUUGACCGAGAAGGCAGCACCGGCUUAUUUGGUCGUUGGACGUUCCGCUGGGCAGGGCCCAUUCUAUACAUUGCCAAUCGAACGAGCUCACUCGAAAUUAAAGACCUUCCCCAGGUCCCAAGUGAGUACGGUGCCAUAGGUCUACGAAGCGCAUUCUCUGUCAAGCAGAGUGAUGGAUUACACACCAGCAAGCAGCACUUUAUAAGCAUUGUAUGGCAUCUUGCCUAUAAAUUACUGCCAAGUCUGGCAUUGUUGACAGUCGCUUGCGUUGUUUUGGGUUUCGCCCCCCAAGCUGCUCUAUUCGGUCUUCUGCGUUCUAUAGAAGAGGAUCGCAGAGGAUCUAGUGCCUGGGUAUAUGUGCUUGGCCUGUGCCUCCCACUUGUAGUAUCAGCGGUAUUAGACCACAGAAGAUACUGGAUCUCGUAUCGAUCAUUAUCACUCCGCUUGCAGAACCAUCUUAUGGUUGCACUCUUUGAUAAAGCAGUCACCUUUGACAGCUUCCCUGGCACAGGCCGGUCUGCAGAUUCGGAGGAUGGUUGCAUGGGAAGCAAGCAAUGCUCCGGAAACCUAACCAAUCUGAUGGCAGUGGAUGUGAAGCGUGUUUCCGAUUUCGUUUCGAACUCUUUCUCAGUCUAUGAGACACCGCUGCGACUUCUGAUAUCCUCCGUGGUCCUUAUAAGGCUUGUCGGUUGGCAAAGCCUAUCCGUCAGCAUUCUGAUCCUAUUCCUAUUUUGGCCAUUGAACAACUAUGCGAUCGAGCGAUAUUCCCGUUCUCAGAAGGCAUUGAUGGAAUAUCGUGAUCAAAAGCUUGCCUCUGUCACCGAAGCUCUUCACGGCAUUCGUCAAAUCAAGUUCUCUGCCACGGAGGAGCAAUGGGAAGAGGAAAUCAAUGCAUUACGCGCGGGAGAGCUGGAGGUGCAAAGAGAGGCCUUCCAGUGGAAUCUUGUUUUGAUGUCGUUCUAUCUAUUGACACCAACGGUCCUGUCAACCGUGCUGCUGACUGUGUACUCACUGCUACAUGGAAGCCUGUCGCCGGCCACAGCAUUUACCGCUAUGUCAAUUCUGAACACCGUUCAAAAUUCACUUAAUGCAGUGCCCAGUGUGAUCACUGCUGGUUCUAACUGUAUACGCAGUGCCAAGCGUCUCUCCGAGUACUUGAAUACACUUCAACAUUUACCAGCUGUUUUGCCUUCCAGAAGUAUCGAUUUUUGUGAAGCUUCGUUGACAUGGCGAGGAAGCAGUGGCUACAAUGCCGAGGUUCUGAAAAACGUGAAUAUGAGUAUUCCACAAAACUGCUUGACCCUGAUUACGGGGCCCACGGGUGCUGGCAAGAGCCUUCUGUUGGCGGCAAUGUUGGGAGAGUGUGACAUUCUCAACGGUACCUUCAAAGCCCCAACUGGAAGAGUUUGGACCCCUAUCUCUGAAAAGUACCAUGGGUGGCUCUUAGAAGACACCAUCGCCUAUGUUGCACAAACGCCUUGGAUAGAAGCUCUUACCAUCCGAGAUAAUAUCUUGUUUGGCUUGCCGUUUGACGCUGGAAGGUAUAAGCAAGUGAUUUUUGCAUGUGUACUGGAGUCAGAUCUGCAAGCCAUGGUGGAUGGGGACGAGACUCAGCUGGGUCCAAACGGACUUAAUCUGAGCGGUGGGCAAAAGGCCCGUCUUUGUUUAGCCCGAGCGCUGUAUUCCAGAGCAACGGUUCUGCUCUUGGAUGAUAUAUUCAGCUCCGUUGAUGUACACACGGCUGCCCAUUUAUGCCACUAUGCUCUGGCUGGGCCACUUGCACGGAAUAGGACGCGUAUUCUUGUAACUCAUCAUGUGCCCUUAUGCCGGGAUCAUGCUCAAGGCAUAGUGCACGUUAAUGGAUGUACCGCACACUUCAGUCCCGUCGCGAACCCAGAAACACAGGACGAGGUGGAUGACAGUUGGACGGAUCAUCUAGAUAUAAAGCCCUUCGUAAAGGGAGUCAGCCACAGCAGCUCCGAUAACGACGCGACUGUCAGAUCGUCCCAAAAGUUCAUAGUCGAAGAGACUAGGGAGAAAGGAGCUGUCAAAUGGACCGUCCUGCAAAAUUAUAUCCAGCAGAGCGGCACUCGUUCCUACUGGAUGUGCUUAGUGAUGGCCUUUCUAAGCUAUAGCGUACUCAUGUUGAGCAGGACCUGGUGGCUUGGAAAAUGGAGCCAAUCCUACCAAAGCCAAGCAUCAGAUGAGCAAUACAAUGUUUACUUCGCGAUGAUCGGCUCUUUAAGGGCUUCGGAGGUUCUUUUUCGUCGCUUUCUCCACCAAGUCCUCCGGAUGCCCCUGCGUUGGAUUGACACAGUGCCUCUUGGACGAAUACUCAACCGUUUCUCAAAUGACUUUAAUCUCGUGGACUCUCAACUGGGAGACGACAUGCGAGCCAUUUUGUCUUACGGAAUGGAUGUCCUGAUGGCUGUAGUCCCAAGCCUAAUCAUCAACCCACUCUCACUUAUUUCCAGCUUCAUUCUGGGGCUGAUUACCGCCAGGUAUGCUAAUUGGUACUUGGUAGCUGCGCGACAGAUAAAGCGACUUGACAGCGUGGCUCGCAGUCCGAUUUACGACCACCUCGAGUCAUGUAUGGCCGGUUUGUGGACGAUUCGGGCAUUCGGGAAAACUCGUGUCUAUCAGGAACAGUUCCGACAGCGCUUAGAUCGUCGCGCACGUACUCAAUGGCACAGUUGGCUGUUUAAUCAGUGGCUAGCCGUCCGUUUGGAUAUGAUCGGGGCUGUCUUUACUGCGAUUUGCGCGGCUGCUGUGGUUUUGCUUGAGGUAGAGGCGUCAAUUGCCGGGUUCGCCAUUAAUUUCACCCUGAAGCUCACUCAGUCGAUAUCAUUUGGGAUUCGCAAUUAUGCGUCUUUGGAACUCGAUCUGAAUAGUGUGGAAAGAGUCCUAGAGUACUGCCAUAUGGAGACCGAGAGCGACGGUGGCAAUCCCGCCCCUGCCGGCUGGCCCUACGAUGGAACACUCGAAGUCAGGAACUUAUCAGUACAAUAUGCACCUGACAUAGAGCCAGCAUUACAUAAUGUCACCUUCAGGGUGGAACGUAACCAGCGAAUUGGCAUAGUCGGAAGAACCGGAGCUGGGAAGUCAUCCUUGGCCCUGUCACUGUUCCGCGUUCUCGAACCAUGCGCAGGACAGAUUCUCAUCGAUGGUCUUGAUAUCUCCACUAUCCGACUACACGACAUCCGAAGCCGACUGGCCAUUAUUCCGCAGUCCCCAUUCCUCUUCAAGGGAACAGUGAGGUCGAACCUUGAUCCCUUAGGCAACUGUGAAGACGCACAACUCAUCCGCGCUCUUUCCCGUGUUAAUUGGAGCAGUGCCACGUCCUCGGACAACCACCAGCACAUUUGCACUAAUAUAACUCUUGGACAAGACCCAUCAAUACUGGAUCACCCAGUAUCAGACGGUGGCUCCAACCUUUCACACGGCCAACGACAGCUGCUUUGCCUCGCUCGCGAACUGCUCCGGAUGCCGCGUAUUUUGGUCCUAGACGAAGCGACAUCCGCAGUGGAUAAGGAAACAGACGGUCUCGUGCAACGUUCAAUCCGGUCGGAGUUCGGUCGGAAUGGCACUACGUUGCUGGUGGUUGCUCAUCGCCUCAGUACAGUUGCUGACUUUGACCGUAUUCUUGUGUUGGGAGGCGGCACGGUGCUGGAGUUCGGUAGUCCCGCGGAGCUUAUGCGCCGGAAGAAUGGGGCUUUCAGGGACAUGGUGGAGACGGAUGCAGAGAGGGAAUUGCUAUACAAGGAUAUUUUUGCUCGUCGAUGA